AUGGCGGGGCCGAGUUCUUCAUCUCCAGGUGCUGCCGCCCUCCCCUCCUUUCCUCCUCUCCUCUCCCUUCCUCUCUCAUCCCCUCCCCUCCCUUCCCCUCCCAUCCCCUCCCGUUCUGCUCAGCUGCUUCCUGACUUUGCACGUGAAACAGUGGAGGCAGCGCUGUUUGUGGGGCGAGGGGAGAACACUUACAAGUUACAAAUACCACCACCCCCCAAACCCCAUUUCCCCCGUUCCUCCCCUUCCCACCCCCGUCACCAGGACCAGUUGCCGCCUGACUUUGCACCUGAAACAGCGGAGGCGGCGCUGUUUGUGGGGCGAGCCAUGCUGUUGCUGCAGGAGGUGGGGCGGCGCAGUGAGAGCGAGCUGAGCGGGCGAGGGGCGGGCAGCAGUAGGCAGAGGAAGCACAAGGGAGACGUGAAGAGGAUACUCGACAGCGUGCUUGCAUUGCGUCAGAAGGGGCGCACGAAGCAUGCGUGGGACGAGCAGCGGGUGCACGAGGUGGUGGAGGCAGCUAGAAAAAGAGCAGCGCACCGCCUAUGGCAGCUGGUGGUGAGGCAGAGUGACAUAUUCGGCCAUCUGCACGCGGUGCAUUACUUCCUGCUGGGCGGAGGGGGGGCCUUCAUGCAGUCACUGCGGGAGGUGCUGGCACAGCCAGACAGUGUGUGGCAGUCGUUGAGGGAGGUGCUGGCACAGCCAGACGUGAGGGCCAGGGUUGCCAACGACAAGCUGCAGCUGGCUGUUGAGAAGGUGGGGAAGUCUGGCAUUUUCCCUAUCUCCCAUGCCUUCCUUCAUGCCCACCGCUCGCCUACCUGCCAGGCAUCAGCAUGCAUUGGGGAGGAGGCGACUCUCAAGUACUUCCGCACAUUCUCCUUCAAGUGA